GUACCUAUCAAAACAAAUUUGUGAGGGCCAUGAAAUUUGCUGUCAUUUGCCUUCCGUGGCUGCAAAGCUCUCCUUCAUCCUUUUCAUUUAUUCUCUCAAUUUCUAUUUAAAACUUUUAUGCUAUCAAAUUUCCCUUCGUUAUCAAACAACCCUAACCCGCAACGAACUCCAUUAACUCAUGCAAAUCCCAAUAUCCCGAUACCAUCGCCCGAUAAUUCACUGUAAAUCUCACCUGCCCGAUUCCUUUUGCCCCACAAUUACUAAUAUUUGCUGCAAAUUCUUUCUUAUUUGAUUAUCAUUAUUUUUAUAUUUUUUCGCCGCUGAUUUUCGUCACCAGGUGGUGUAAUCUCCAGGCAAUCUGGCUGAGAAGAGGCAUCUGUCUCUUACAUGCAUAAUCAGAACUGGGCUCUUGCUGUUGCCAAAGUUUUUAUUUCAGUCUGGCAGAUUCAACAACUUCUAAGGUUUCUCACACCUCCGAGCAGGUGUGGGGUGAUAACGAGAGUGUGAUUUUCGUAUGUGUUUUGAGGAGAUCUAGAUCAUCUCAUGUUUGGAGAUUGUGCCGCAUUUCUGAGGGUUUAUCAGUUGAUUAUGGCUAAGGUUGGCUUUGUUGAGUCAAAAAGUAUUUGCUGCAGCAUGCGAUUUAUUCUCGGUAGUUGUUGUUGAAUGUUUUUAGGAGAAUAGGAGUACUUAAUUGCCAGUUAUCUUCAGUUUUGCAAUAAGAGUAAAUUCAGAUGUGAAUGAAUUGUCAAUAUCCGAAGGAUGGUCAGAUUUUCAUGCUUCCAAGCUCACAUUCCUUCUCCCAAACAUAAGAAAACGGUUCCACAAUCUAGUGAAGCAAUGCAGAAAACUCUGGAAGAUUCACCACCAAAGCAGGCUUUGAGGAGUUCUUCUGAUCUAAAUACAGGAAAUAAGCCAUGCUUGAAAGAGGAGAGAUACGCAGUCAAUUAUUUUGCUGAUCAUGCGACUGAUUACUCUCCUACCGAACAUGACUGUGGAUCUGAGGAAAUGGACGGCAAAGACAGUACUGAAUGUGAUAUUAAGGUUCAUAAGGACUCACAAAUGAGAAAGUGCCAAUCUUUGGGAAGUGGAUUAAAUUGGGAAGAGCAAACCUCAGCUGCUGAUGGCUCAGAGGAAGAAAUGGAACAGAGAUUUUCAUGUGAUGGAUCUGGCGAUCGUAGUAGGACAGUUGUUCCAGAAAGCAGUGAUAAUAAUGAACUCAGCCUCUCAGAUCAAUGUCCGGACCCAUUGCUAUCUGAAUCUGUUCAAGUUGGUUCUGAUGCUAAAAAUAUGUCUAUAUUUUCAGUUGCAGAUCGAGAGCAAACUUUAGAAGAAGGUAAUGGGAAAGAUGAUAUUGUUGUAUCAGAUGAGCAUGGUUCUGAUGAUGUUACACCUCAUACUGGACAUGUUAUUGUGAAAUCACGUUCUUUGCCUAGGUUGGGUUCCCCCAAGCAAUACUCCCCAUCCUUAUUAGCGCGCCCUAGAUCUGCUGAGGAUUUGAGUACUCUAGAUUCUUGGAGGAAAGCGAUGGAUGGAGUUGGAAGACAAGUACCAUAUCAAGAAAGACAUAAUGCAGUGCAUAACGAUGACGAGAAUACUGGUGAAAAUCCUGCUGAUGAAACCGAUGAGAAUUAUAAUUAUGAUGGUUCAGCAAAAGACUGGAUAAUACCUAGCAUGCAGAAAGAUGUAAAAGGAGAUACUUCUUUUGAUCAUUGGGACGAAUUACCUGCUAAGGACUUCCGAAUAAAGCGAAUUGAGAAUUGGGUCAUCAACAUUCAGCACUGUGGCCCACCGGAAGAAUCUAAUGAGUCUGACUCAUGCUAUGAUCAAGAGACACCCGAAGUUGAUGCCUUAUUGGAGGAACCCACCGCUUCAAAGGUUGAAGUCAAGGUCAACCCUGGAAUUGAAGCAGCAAAAAGAUACAUCUCUUCUAUGAAUGUCUCAACUACAUCAGCUCAGCUGAGUAACCUUGGGUUACAAGUGAUUCCCUUUCUCAGUGCCUUUGGGAGCCUCAAAGCCCUUAAUCUGUCUGGAAAUGCUAUAGUAAGGAUAGCUUCUGGUGCUCUUCCUCGAGGACUCCAUGUUCUGAAUCUCUCAAAGAACAGUAUCUCCACCAUUGAAGGAUUGCGGGAUCUUACACGACUUCGUGUGCUUGAUCUGAGCUAUAAUCGCAUCUUAAGAAUCGGGCAUGGCCUCGGAACUUGUUCCUCCAUCAAGGAGUUGUACUUAGCUGGUAACAAGAUCAGUGAGGUCGAAGGUCUUCACCGCCUUCUCAAACUGAAUGUUCUCGAUUUGCGUUUCAACAAAAUCUCCACAGCCAAAUGCCUUGGUCAGCUCGCGGCUAAUUACAACUCCCUGCACGCCCUCAGCUUGGAAGGGAACCCAGCUCAGAAGAACGUGGGCGAUGAACAGCUAAAAAAGUACGUGCUGAGUCUUCUUCCCCACCUCACAUACUACAACAGACAAUCCAUCAAGGUCGGAACGACAAAGGAUGCAGCAGAUCGGUCAGCCCGAUUGAGCUCCCACCAAAUCGAUCGUGGCCACCGGCUGGAAUCCAAGACUGCUAGGAAGGGCAUGGUUUCUCAGAAGGUAGCAUCUUCUUCGAGCCAUAGCCGGAAAGGUCAAGCUGGGGUCUCGCCAAAAUCAACGAGGAGCCGCCACGUGCGCCUGCCUCCAAGUGGGAUGAAGACGUCGGCGGCGGUGGGGCAUCAGCUGGACUUGAGCACCAAGGUGCAGAGCUUGAGGAGUGAUUUCUCCUUUCCCCGGAGCCGUAGCGAGGGAAAUCUUGGAGUGCUUUAAGACAAAAUCCUCAUUUGAAUAAUGCAUCUUUAGGCAAUGCAGUGUGUGACUGUGUGUGGGGCUCUCUCAGUUAUUUGUUGUGUGACUUUGAUUCUUGAUUUCGUCUAAAACUGGAGAUUUGACUGUUUGAUUGAAGCACGCUUUGUUUGGUGAUUAAACACAAGUUUUUCAUUUA